AUGGCUAGCAUGGCUGUGGCGUCUUUGUUUACCAAUGUGCCUCUGAAAGAAACUGUGACAUCGAUUUGUGACUUCGCACAGCAGAACAAUGUAAGACUUCCAAUCCCCUUAUCAGAAUUGACAAGUCCCGGACGUGCAGGCUUGUUUGCGUUGGGUUGUGCCAGUUCGGGGCUUCUCACACUCUAUCUGGGUACCAAUCCGUUAGUCACCGCAUUGGCUGCAGGCAACAUGCUGCUUUACACGGCUCUGUACACUCCUCUGAAACAAGUCAGCCAGGCCAACACGUGGAUUGGUGCAUGGGUCGGUGCGGUUCCCCCACUCAUGGGUUGGGCGGCGGCUACUGGAGAGGUGCAUUCAGGUGAGAAAGAAAUUCGCCUAAUGCCUUUACAUACCUGCCGAUCCAAUCAUGACCAGUGUGUAGAGGCGAGAGGUACAUGCUCAGAUCAGCUGGCUUCCUUUGACUGUCUACUCUCACCACUGGGGAGGUCACUCCACUAA